CCCCCGGCCGCAGCAUCCCUGCGCAAUAAGGUCCAGGCGCGCGGGCGGGGGGAGGGGCGCGCCGGCCCUCCGCCUCCGUGCGCGGCCACGUGACCCCGGCGGAGGAGAUUGGAGGCGCCGCAGCGCGAGAGGGCACAGUGGUGCAGUGCUUGGCGCUCGCUCGGGGUCCUCCUCCCCAGCCUCCUCCUCCUCCCAGGAGCCUUGACUACACCUACUGCACCGCCCGGCUUGCUGACGCCGCCGCUGCCGCAUCCCAGUUGCUGCAUCCUCGCCGCUUUCCUGCGGCCGCGGCGCCCUGAGGAGGAGUUGAAGACGCAGCUGGGCCGUCGCGGUUAGACGGGUCUUCGGUUGCCGCUGGGUCCCCGGCUGUUGCUUGUGUUUCUCCUCCUGUCGCCGCCAGCUCCUUUUAUUGCCGCGAUGGGGCUCCUGGACUCGGAGCCGAGUAGUGUCCUGAACGUGGUGUCCACGGCGCUCAACGACACCGUGGAGUUCUACCGCUGGACCUGGUCCAUCGCAGAUAAACGCGUGGAAAAUUGGCCUCUAAUGCAGUCUCCAUGGCCUACACUAAGUAUAAGUACUCUCUAUCUCCUGUUCGUGUGGCUGGGUCCAAAAUGGAUGAAGGACCGGGAACCUUUUCAGAUGCGCUUAGUGCUCAUUCUCUAUAAUUUUGGGAUGGUUUUGCUUAAUCUUUUUAUCUUCAGAGAGUUAUUUAUGGGGUCAUAUAAUGCAGGAUAUAGCUACAUCUGCCAGAGUGUGGAUUAUUCUGAUAAUGUUAAUGAAGUCAGGAUAGCUGCGGCUCUGUGGUGGUACUUUGUAUCUAAAGGAGUUGAGUAUUUGGACACAGUGUUUUUUAUCCUAAGGAAGAAAAACAACCAAGUGUCUUUCCUUCAUGUAUAUCAUCACUGCACAAUGUUUACAUUGUGGUGGAUUGGAAUUAAGUGGGUUGCAGGGGGACAAGCAUUUUUUGGAGCCCAGAUUAAUUCUUUUAUCCAUGUGAUUAUGUACUCAUACUAUGGGUUAACUGCAUUUGGCCCAUGGAUUCAGAAGUAUCUCUGGUGGAAACGAUACCUGACCAUGCUGCAGCUGAUUCAGUUCCAUGUGACCAUUGGGCACACAGCAUUGUCUCUUUAUACUGAUUGCCCCUUCCCCAAAUGGAUGCACUGGGCUCUGAUUGCCUAUGCAAUCAGUUUCAUAUUUCUCUUUCUUAAUUUCUAUGUUCGGACAUACAAAGAGCCUAAGAAAUCAAAAACCGGAAAAACAGCUGUGAAUGGUAUUUCAGCAAAUGGUGUGAACAAAUCAGAAAAACAGCUAGUGAUAGAAAAUGGAAAAAAGCAGAAAAAUGGAAAAGCAAAAGGAGAGUAAAUUGAACUGGGUCUUAACUGUUGUUGACAGUGAGGAAGUUUCCCAUUUCAUAUAAAAUUUCAGGGAAAACAGAAGUAAAUGAGGGUUUGGGGGUGGGGAGAAAAAGCAAAUGUGCUCCAUGUACUAGUAAUUUUUAGUCUGAGUAAAGUGUUUAAUACAAUACCCAGAUGUUUUGUUUAUGAAGUUUUUAUUUUAAACAUUUUUUUUAUUAGCUUUGAUGUCCAGACCAAAGCAAUCAUCAUGUGAUUUUGGAGACUCUCCCUCACAUCAGAUGAGAUUUUUCAUGUAUAUUCUAUACACUCAUUCUUCAGUCUGAAUUUUAGAUGAUCACAGAAACAUAGUCUUUAGGAAUUUUUUGGUUAAAUUAUUAACUACCUGCUGAUUUAAAUCAGCAACCUUAUAUUCUCUGGUCCAGAGCUGAAAAUGCAGACACUUAAAUUUGUACAUUUGAAUUCAUUUGCUGACUGGAAUGGUCAAACUUCUCCACCUCUACUCUGAAUACACCCUUUUGAUUAUAAUGAAAUUUAAAAAAAAGUCUGCUGAUCUCUGUAGACUCUUAGAGGCUUGAUGAUGAUGGUGUUGGUGAAAAUAAGAAAUAAUUACAGUAAAAUCCUGUCUGGCGACCCAGAGGUCACCAUGACUUGAGGCACAAAUCACUGUGGGUAACAAUUUUUGUGAUGAACAGGUAGCCUUUGAAUACUCCUAUGAGAAAUAUAUUACCAAAAUUAAGAGUAUUGUCCAAUUGGAACAUGAAACAACAUAUGUCUUUAUUAGUAACAUCAUAAAAUAGUUAUAUUUGUGUGCCAUUAUAUGUUAGAAGAGAGUGUGAUGAUUUUUAUCAGGCUUUCCUUGUUUUGAUUUGUGGCUGUUAACCAAUUUUUCAUAUGUGGAAAUAUACCUACCUCUUCUGUUGGAAAGAAGUUUAAAAUUAAAUAAAUAUUAAUUAAAAAAUCAA